UAAUUUCAUCGAGCUCGUCCAGUCAGAUCAGGUUCUACUCCGUACCCGAGCUCUGUGUUCUCGAUCGAUCCAGCUUAAUUCUCCUUCAAGCACCCAUUUCGUUCGCUUCUUCUUCGUUCAGCUCGUGUUUUGCACCUGUUCAGCUUCAACCUCGUAAGCCUCUUCCCUCCGAAGAGAGAGGGAGAUGGUGAAGGACAUGGCGUAUUACGACAUCCUCGGCGUGAGCGUGGAUGCGUCUCCGGCUGAUAUUAAGAAGGCGUAUUACCUCAAGGCGCGGCUGGUUCAUCCAGAUAAGAAUCCUGGAGAUCCAAAAGCAGCAGAGAAUUUCCAGAUGCUCGGUGAGGCCUAUCAAGUCUUGAGUGAUCCUGAAAAGCAUGAGGCAUAUGACAAGCAUGGAAAGGAAGGAGUGCCUCAGGACACCAUGGUGGACCCCUCAGCCGUGUUUGGGAUGCUUUUUGGGAGUGACUUGUUUGAAGAUUAUAUUGGGCAACUUGCGUUGGCUUCUUUAGCGGGGAUUGAAAUUGAAGAAGAUUCCCAGGAUCCUGAAGUACGUAAGCAGAAAAUUCAGGAAAAAAUGAAGGCUCUGCAAAAUGAAAGGAAAGAAAAACUUAUAAAUAUUUUGAAGGAUCGCCUUCAGCCUUUCGUUGAAGGUCAAACAGAAGAAUUUGUGAAAUGGGCAAAUUCUGAAGCAAGUCGCCUCUCUAAAGCAGCUUUUGGAGAAGCCAUGCUUCAUACUAUUGGUUAUGUGUACACGCGAAAAGCUGCAAGAGAACUUGGAAAGGAUAGAAGGUAUAUGAAUGUCCCUUUUCUAGCAGAAUGGGUUCGAGAUAAGGGGCACCAGAUAAAAUCCCAAGUGAUGGCAGCUUCCGGUGCUGUGUCUUUGAUUCAAAUACAGGACGAGCUGAAACAGUUGAAUGAAGGAGAAAACAAAGAAGAGAUGCUUCUAAAAACUAUUGAAGACAAGAAGAAUGCCAUGGUUAAUUCGCUCUGGCAAAUUAAUGUGGUUGAUAUAGAGUCAACUUUGUCGCAUGUCUGCCAAGCUGUUCUUAAAGAUCCUAAUGCUUCCAGGGAUGUUCUCAAGCUUCGCGCUAAAGCUUUGAAAAAGCUUGGGACAAUCUUUCAAGGUGCUAAGUCUGCUUACAGUAGAGAGAACAGCCUGCGACAUGAGGCUGACGUCAAAGCAGACGAAGCUUCAAAAUCAUAAUGUCUUUUUACCAGUAUCUUCAUUGUAUGUAUUUGAUCUCUCUCUUGUAGUGGACAAUCUUUAAGCCUUCUGGUCAUUGUUGUUUUCAAGCGUGGUCUACUGACAUGAUUGGAAUUUAGCAUAAGUAGUGUGUUCAAAGCCUGUCAUUUGUAUCGAACAUAAUUGUAGCUUGGCAGUUACUAUUACUUUUCAUGAAAAAUGAUGGCAGCAUAUCUCUUGACUUCUAA